GCAGCGACACAAACACGUCUACGUGGAGAAGGCUCGUCGUUACGAGGACAGCUUAUGUGACGACAUGGACCUGAGUCCACAGGACAAGAAGGACUUGGACAAGUUCAUCAAGUUUUUCGCCCUGAAGACCGUCCAGGUGAUAGUCCAAGCCCGCCUCGGAGAGAAGAUCUGCACGCGCUCGUCUUCGUCGCCCACCGGCUCCGACUGGUUUAAUUUGGCCAUCAAAGACAUCCCAGAGGUCACUCAUGAGGCCAAGAAGGCGCUGGCCGGUCAGCUGCCGGGCGUCGGCCGGUCCAUGUGCGUCGAGAUCUCCCUGAAAACAUCAGAGGGCGACUCCAUGGAGUUAGAGACGUGGUGCCUGGAGAUGAACGAAAAGUGUGAGAAGGACAUCAAGGUGUCCUACACGGUUUAUAACCGUCUGUCCGUGCUGCUGAAGUCUCUGCUGGCCAUCACCAGAGUCACGCCCGCCUAUAAGCUGUCCAGGAACCAGGGCCACGACUACGUCAUCUUGUACAGGAUUUACUUUGGAGAAGUGCAGCUGGGCGGACUAGGUGAAGGCUUCCAGACGGUGCGCGUCGGCGUCGUGGGGACCCCCAUCGGGACCGUCACGCUGUCCUGCGCUUACCGCGUCAACCUGGCGUUCAUGUCCAGCAGGCAGUUUGAAAGGACCGCCCCCAUCAUGGGGAUCAUCGUGGAUCACUUCGUGGACCCUCCCUGCAGCAGCCAGCGACCCGCCAACCUGGGCCAUCCCUGCAUCUUCAGAGCCCGGGAGGAGGAGGACGGAGGAGCGUUCGCUGGAGUUCAGGACUCGCAGGAAGUCUGCACCACCUCCUUCUCCACCUCUCCUCCCUCUCAGUGUGUGUGCACUCUGAGCCCCUCUCCUUCCAAACUGUCUAAGCCCCUCCCCCUGGACAGUCUGCAGCUCCCAUUGGCUCUCGGACUUGUCACUCACAAUCUGUACGCCUCCCGGCUGUCGUACCCGCCCGCCGCUUCAGGAGCAGCCGCGGAGUUCUCCAACCAGGUGCUGCACGCUGGGAAAGAAGGCGGGGCUCCUCAGCCGCCGCACGGAGCCGAAGUUCAGCUGACUGUGGAGCACGCCGCUAACACUCCGAGCAGCAGCGGUGAUGAAGACGUCCUGCUGCAGAGCGGCGAGGGGCGGAGCCUCUCCCCCUCUGACCCGGUGGAGUCCCUCAUGGCGUUCAGGAGGAAGGUCGGAGCGUUUGUCAACAAGCCCAGCACACAGGUAACCGCGGGCAGUCUGGACCUGCCGUUCGCCGCCUUCGCUCCUCGAGGACUGGACUCUGAGGAGAGCGACCCGAUGGUCCGCCCCCCGGACUCGCCCCCCUGCCGGUCCCCCCUGCAGGUCAGCCUCCACUCUCAGGGCUCAGACGGGUCGGCGCCGCAGGACGACUUCGUCAUGGUCGACUUUCGCCCGGCCUUUUCCAAAGACGACCUGAUGCCGAUGGACCUGGGCACGUUCUACCGCGAGUUCCAGAACCCGCCGCAGCUCGCCAGCCUCUCCCUCAACGCCAGCUCGCAGUCAAUGGCCGACGACCUGGACUCGCUGCCGGAGAAGCUGCGCGCCUACGAGAAGAACAUCGACGAGUUCGACGCCUUCGUGGACACGCUUCAGUAGAACUUCUGGUCCGCGUUACAGAAGAACGGUUUCACUUCCUGCUACUGAUCGACGCCGAAGGCCCCGUGUCCUGACCCAAGAGCCCAGCUGGUCUGAGUUCAGCUAAAUCUCCUCUACGUUUUAACUUCAGCGUCUUUGAGUCGGAGGAACUUCAAGUUCGGGAGUUUUAAUCUCCGUGGUCAGGAGGGUCGUGUACGUUUUGUGAAUUUGUAAAAAAAAAAAGGGAUAAAUGUUUCCACAGAAAGCUUCAAGUGAAACCUGUUGUAGAUCUAAUAAAGCAUGUUGGUCCUCAGAAGGCUGAGGCUACGUUCACCCCGCAGGCCCUCCAGCUCGGAUACGAUUGGUCAGAUCUGAGGAGAUCGUGACAUCACGCUAACACGUUAGCAUGCGUGGUUCAGCGUUAGUUACACUGAAGGUAAACGUUGAUGCGGUCAGAUGCUAAUGUUAGCAUCAGCCGCUGCUGGAGCAUCCGUCGUCGUUCCAGACAUAAGAAUACGAAGCAACUGGACUUCAAGACGUGCGGAGUAAUACGAUUUAAACCGCACGAGGCUGGCAUUGUCAAUACUUGGGUGGAGGCGUUCCUCCUGGAUCCGAUUCAGGACCACAUUAUUUAAGACCUGGGUCGGAUUCAUUAAAACACGUUCAGUCAAAUAAAUCCGAUACAGGUCACUGGAAGGAGAAAAAGAUUUGAGCUGCAUCUGCCUUUAGGUUGAACGUAGCCGAACUAAUGAUCACCU